AUGGUCCUUCCAAAGUCCGAGUUUAUCUCUUAUCCUUCGGACAAUCAUAGCAUCACAAGGACACCCCAGGCUGGCCCUCUUGGUACAAAAACUGGUCGAAAUCGGACUGACCGGCCCUGGACAAUGGACAAAAUGGUUAAAGAGUUGAGCUUGGGCCGGGCCGGCCUGAGCUUAGAAUUCAGCCGAACCUUUAUAAUCUGGUCUAACUUGAACCUGACCCAUGGACAUCCAUUCAAUGAUAGACUAGUUCUUCAACCAUCAAUCAGUUCUGAAAAAAAUCUGAGGGAGAUGGCUUCAAGAGGUUUAUUGCUUAGUGUUCUUCUUCUACCAUGUCUUUGUUUGUCAAUGGCAGAAGAAGUAAAGUUGAAAGUGAAAGGGGUGACUUCCAUAGCCAAAACAGAUGAUAACUUCAUCUGUGCUACACUGGAUUGGUGGCCUUCUAACAAGUGUGAUUACAAUCAGUGCCCAUGGGGUAAAGCAGGCCUUCUCAAUCUGGAUUUGGAUAACAAGAUUCUUGCAAACGCUAUCAAGGGUAAUUCAUUCCUUCUAAAAAGCUUUAAAUUUUGUGGAAAAAAAAUCGCAGCGUUCAAUCCUCUUCGACUUAGAAUUGGAGGUUCGUUGCAAGAUCAAGUGGUGUACAAUGUUAGAGCAUCGGCCAAUAAAUGCCCUCAUUUUAAGAAGAAAAAGGAUGGUUUGUUUGGAUUUAGCAAAGGUUGCCUCCACAUGAAGAGAUGGGAUAAAAUCAACAAAUUAUUCAAGGAAACCGGAGUCUUGCAUACGUUCGGGUUUAAUGCUCUAUAUGGGAGGAAAAAGUCCGAAGAUGAUAAUUCUCUUUGGGAAGGAGACUGGGAUUUACAGAAUGCCCGCGAUCUCAUGGAAUACACAGUCUCAAAGGGAUACAAGAUCGAUUCUUAUGAACUCGGUUUUUUUGCUCAUAAUUGUUCGACUUAUUGUCCGUUAGGUAAUGAGCUAAGUGGAAGUGGGGUGUCUGCUAGGCUUGAGGCUGAACAAUAUGGCAAAGAUAUUGUAGCACUCAAAAACCUUGUGAAAGAGGUUUACCCAGACCCCAAAGACCAGCCCAAGGUCUUGGGUCCGGCUGGCUUUUACGAUGAAAAAUGGUUCAAUACCUUCUUGAAGGUUUCAGGACCAGGUGUUGUUGAUGGAUUAACCCACCAUGUCUACAACCUUGGUGCAGGUGUUGAUUCCAACCUUAUCAACAAGGUCCAGGAUCCAUUUUUCCUUGACCAAAUAGCUCAGACAUUUAAGGAUAUUUCAACCACUGUUAAAGAGUUUGGACCAUGGUCUGGAGCAUGGGUUGGAGAAUCAGGUGGAGCUUACAACAGUGGUGGCAAAGAUGUUUCUCACACCUUUGUCAAUGGUUUCUGGUAUUUGGAUCAACUGGGCAUGACAUCAACCUUCAACCACAAGGUUUACUGCAGACAAGCCUUCAUUGGGGGAAACUAUGCUCUCCUAAAUACGACGACAUUCAUCCCUAAUCCAGAUUAUUAUGGAUUUUCGGUUUCUACUUUUUCCAAUUUUGGGUCCUUUCACAGUGCACUUCUGUGGCAUCGUCUCAUGGGAAAGAAUGUGCUCUCCACCAAUCAUGACAGCUCCCCUAAUCUCCGCGCCUAUUCUCAUUGUUCAAAGAAUUCACAUGGCAUUACUGUACUUCUCAUCAACAUGUCAAACUCUACUACUUUCCAAGUUUCGGUUGUUGAUGAUCUGAAUUUGUACCCUGAGCUACAACAGACACUGGACUCUGAAGAUGGAGUGCAAAGAGAAGAGUACCAUUUGACUCCAAAAGAUGGCAACAUUCAGAGUGAUGUAUUGCUGCUCAAUGGGACUCCAUUGAAGCUCACAAAAUCAUUGAACAUCCCAGCUUUGAAUCCAGAGCUUGUUGAUCCAACUACACCGAUCACCGUUGCGCCUGAUUCGAUUGUUUUUGCUACUCUAAAAGGCUUCAGAGCUCCAGCCUGUGCUUAA